GGUUCUGCUUCCGGGUCGGCCAGCGCUGGAGCAUGGAGGAGCCUGAGAGAGCGUCAGGGGCGGCUGCCAUAGCAACACAGGCUCUGAGAGGAGAGACGGUUGAGGAGAGACUCCAGAGAGCUGUUGGCUAUAAGGCGGAGGGGAACGAACAUUACAAGGCUCGGCGGCUGUCACAGGCCAUCAGGAGAUACCACUGGGCUCUGCUCCACCUGCGGGGAGUGGACCCCAACGCCUCGCCCCCCCUCCCCGCCAUCGGGACCCCCACUGUCCAACUCAGCCCCCAGCAGAGCGAGCUCCUGUACAGUACGCAGUGCGACUGCUACAACAACUUGGCCGCCUGGAGCUCGAGGAGAAACGCGGGCGGAAACCUUUCCCUCGCUUCACUUCACGCCAGCGCGGGGAACGGCUGA